AUGGAGAAAACGCAGAGAGCAGAGCUUCUUCUUCUCCGACUCCUGAGAAAACCCGCCGUCCUCCGCCUUAGAGCAGAGCUGCUUCUUCUUCUUGUGAUUUGUGAAUCUGCAUGUAAGUCCCCCGCGUUUGUGAUUGCUAAAAUGACCAAUGGUGGUGUAGAUCGGAGUGUUGAGUGUACCGGAAGCCUUAGUGCUAUGAUCUCUGCAUUCGAAUGCGUCCAUGAUGGAUGGGGUGUUGCUGUGCUUGUUGGUGUGCCAAACAAAGAUGAUGCGUUCAAAACACAUCCAAUCAAUCUCUUGAAUGAGAAGACUCUAAAGGGUACUUUCUUUGGUAACUAUAAGCCACCUUCUGAUCUCCCAUCAGUGGUGGAAAUGUACAUGAACAAGGAACUUGAACUGGAGAAGUUUAUCACACAUGAAGUGCCAUUCUCAGAAAUCAACAAGGCCUAA